GAGUGAUGGCUGCCGGCGUUCGCUGCGUGUUUCUUCUUCUCGGCUGCUGAGGUCCCCCCGCGGCUGCUUCCUGGGUAAGUCGUGAGUCCCGCGGAGCUGUCCCUGGUGCCGCCGACCCGGGCCGUGUGCUCGCCGACCGCAGGCGCGACCCGUGGCUCCCGCCGCCGCCUCGAUCUCCUCGUCUCCCGCUCCGCCCUCCCUUUUCCCUGGAUGAACUUGCGUCCUUUCUCUUCUCCGCCAUGGAAUUCUGCUCCGUGCUUUUAGUCCUCCUGAGCCAAAGAAACCCCAGACAACAGAUGCCCAUACGCAGCGUAUAGCAGUAACUCCCCAGCUCGGUUUCUGUGCCGUAGUUUACAGUAUUUAAUUUUAUAUAUAUAUAAUAUAUAUUAUUUAUUAUAGCAAUUUUGAUACCUCAUAUUCUGUUUACACAUCUUGAAAGCCGCUCAGUAGUUCUCUUACUAAACAACCACUACUCUAGAGAAUGGCAACGCUGAUUACCAGUACUACAGCUGCUACCGCCGCUUCUGGUCCUUUGGUGGACCACCUAUGGAUGCUCAUCCUGGGCUUCGUUAUUGCAUUUGUCUUGGCAUUCUCCGUGGGAGCCAAUGAUGUAGCAAAUUCUUUUGGUACAGCUGUGGGCUCAGGUGUAGUGACCCUGAAGCAAGCCUGCAUCCUAGCUAGCAUCUUUGAAACAGUGGGCUCUGUCUUACUGGGGGCCAAAGUGAGCGAAACCAUCCGGAAGGGCCUGAUUGACGUGGAGAUGUACAACUCGACUCAAGGGCUGCUGAUGGCCGGCUCAGUCAGUGCUAUGUUUGGUUCUGCUGUGUGGCAACUCGUUGCUUCGUUUUUGAAGCUCCCCAUUUCUGGAACUCAUUGUAUUGUUGGUGCAACCAUUGGUUUCUCCCUCGUGGCAAAGGGGCAGGAGGGUGUCAAGUGGUCUGAACUGAUAAAAAUUGUGAUGUCAUGGUUCGUGUCCCCGCUGCUUUCUGGAAUUAUGUCUGGAAUUUUAUUCUUCCUAGUUCGUGCAUUCAUCCUCCAUAAGGCAGAUCCAGUUCCUAAUGGUUUGCGAGCUUUGCCAGUUUUCUAUGCCUGCACAGUUGGAAUAAACCUCUUUUCCAUCAUGUAUACUGGAGCACCGUUGCUGGGCUUUGACAAACUUCCUCUGUGGGGUACCAUCCUCAUCUCGGUGGGAUGUGCAGUUUUCUGUGCCCUUAUCGUCUGGUUCUUUGUAUGUCCCAGGAUGAAGAGAAAAAUUGAACGAGAAAUAAAGUGUAGUCCUUCUGAAAGCCCCUUAAUGGAAAAAAAGAAUAGCUUGAAAGAAGACCAUGAAGAAACAAAGUUGUCUGUCAGUGAUACUGAGAACAGGAAUCCUGUUGCUGAGAUAGGGCCUGCCACUCUGCCCCUCCAGGCUGUGGUGGAGGAGAGAACAGUCUCAUUCAAACUUGGAGAUUUGGAGGAAGCUCCAGAGCGAGAGAGGCUUCCCAGCGUGGACUUGAAAGAGGAAACCAGCAUAGAUAGCACCGUGAAUGGUGCAGUGCAGUUGCCUAAUGGGAACCUUGUCCAGUUCAGUCAAGCUGUCAGCAACCAAAUAAACUCCAGUGGCCACUACCAGUAUCACACCGUGCAUAAGGAUUCUGGCUUGUACAAAGAGUUGCUCCACAAAUUACAUCUGGCCAAGGUGGGAGAUUGCAUGGGAGACUCUGGUGACAAACCCUUAAGGCGCAAUAAUAGCUAUACUUCCUAUACCAUGGCAAUAUGUGGCAUGCCUCUGGAUUCAUUCCGUGCCAAAGAAGGUGAACAGAAGGGCGAAGAAAUAGAGAAGCUGACGUGGCCUAAUGCAGACUCCAGGAAGCGAAUCCGAAUGGACAGUUACACUAGUUACUGCAAUGCUGUGUCUGACCUUCACUCGGCAUCUGACACAGACAUGAGUGUCAAGGCAGAGAUGGGUCUAGGUGACAGAAAAGGAAGUCAUGGCUCUCUGGAAGAAUGGUAUGACCAGGAUAAGCCUGAAGUCUCUCUCCUCUUCCAGUUCCUGCAGAUCCUUACAGCCUGCUUUGGGUCAUUCGCCCAUGGUGGCAAUGACGUAAGCAAUGCCAUUGGGCCUCUGGUUGCUUUAUAUUUGGUUUAUGACACGGGAGAUGUUUCUUCAAAAGUGGCAACACCAAUAUGGCUUCUACUCUAUGGUGGUGUUGGUAUCUGUAUCGGUCUGUGGGUUUGGGGAAGAAGAGUUAUCCAGACCAUGGGGAAGGAUCUGACACCGAUCACACCCUCUAGUGGCUUCAGUAUUGAACUGGCAUCUGCCCUCACUGUGGUGAUUGCAUCAAAUAUUGGCCUUCCCAUCAGUACAACACAUUGUAAAGUGGGCUCUGUUGUGUCUGUUGGCUGGCUCCGGUCCAAGAAGGCUGUUGACUGGCGUCUCUUUCGUAACAUUUUUAUGGCCUGGUUUGUCACAGUCCCCAUUUCUGGAGUUAUCAGUGCUGCCAUCAUGGCAGUCUUCAGAUAUGUCAUCCUCAGAAUGUGAAGCUGUUUGAGAUUAAAAUUUGUGUCAAUGUUUGGGACCACCUUAGGUAUUCCUGCUCCCCUGAAGAAUGAUUAUGGUGUUAUUGAAGACUGACAAGAGUCUUUUUAUUUGGGAGCCAGAGGAGGGAAGUGUUACUUGUGCUAUAAUUGCUUUUGUGCUAAAUAUGAAUUGUCUCAAAAUUAGCUAUGUAAAAUAGCCAGGGUUCCACUGGCUCCUGCUGAGGUCCCCUUUCCUUCUGGGCUGUGAAUUCCUGUACAUAUUUCUCUACUUUUUGUAUCAGGCUUCAAUUCCAUUAUGUUUUAAUGUUGUCUCUGAAGAUGACUUGUGAUUUUUUUUUUUUUAAACAACCAUGCAGAGCCAUUUGACAGAGUAUGCUCUGCUUUGUUGGUUUCACCAGCUUCUGCCCUAACAUGCACAGGGAUUUAACAACAAAAAAAUAUAACUAAAACUUCCCUUGUAGUCUCUUAUAUAAGUAGAGUCAUUGGUACUCUGCCCUCCUGUCAGUAGUGGCAGGAUCUAUUGGCAUAUGUGGGAGCUUCUUAGAGGGAUGAGGUUCUUUGAACACAGUGAAAAUUUAAAUUAGUAACUUUUUUAAAGCAGUUCAUUGACUGACUGCUAAGAAGAAGUAAGAAGGAAAAGCCUUUUGGCAAUCUUGGUUAUUUAAGAUUUCUGGCAGUGUGGGAUGGAUGAAUGAAGUGGAAUGUGAACUUUGGUCAAGUUAAAUGGGACAGCCUUCCAUGUUCAUCUGUCUACCUCUUAACUGAAUAAAAAAGCCUACAGUUUUUAGAAAA